AUGACUUCCAACAAUCCGACACCGACUUCGCGACAACCCGACUCUCCAACAACCCAACUCUCUGACAACCCGACACUCCAACAACCCGACUUUCCGACAACCAGACUCCCGGCAACCCGACUCCCCGACAAUCCGACUCCCCGACAACUCGACUAUCCGACAACCCGACUUCCCGGCAACCCGACUCCCCGACAACCCGACUCCCAGGCAACCCGACUCCCCGACAACCCGACUAUCCGACAACCCGACUUCCCGGCAACCCGACUCCCCGACAACCCGACUCCCCGACAAUCCGACUUCCCGACAACUCGACUAUCCGACAACCCGACUUCCCGGCAACCCGACUCCCCGACAACCCGACUCCCCAACAACCCGACUCCCCAACAACCCGACUCCCCAACAACCCGACUCCCCAACAGCCCGACUCCCCAACAACCCGACUCCCCGACAACCCGACCCCCCGACACCCGACUCCCCAUCAACCCGACUCCCCAACAACCCGACUCCCCAACAACCCGACUUCCCGACAACCCGAUUCCCCGACAACCCGACUCCCCAACAGCCCGACUUCCCGACAACCCGACCCCCCAACAACCCGAUUCCCCAACAACCCGACUCCCCGAUAACACGACUCCCCAACAACCCGAUUCCCCAACAACCCGACUCCCUGACACCCGACUCCCCAACAGCCCGACUUCCCGACAACCCGACUCCCCAACAGCCCGACUUCCCGACAACCCGACAACCGCCACCUCACGGCCGAUUUCGGAACUACGUGUCCCGACCACGUGUCCCGACCACGUGUCCCGACCACGUGUCCCGACCACAUGUCCCGACCAUGUGUCCCGAUCGCGUGUCCCGACCACGUGUCCCGACCACGUGUCCCGACCAUGUGUCCCGAUCGCGUGUCCCGACCACGUGUCCCGACCAUGUGUCCCGAUCGCGUGUCCCGACCACGUGUCCCGACCACGUGUCCCGAUCGCGUGUCCCGACCACGUGUCCCGACCAUGUGUCCCGAUCGCGUGUCCCGACCACGUGUCCCGACCAUGUGUCCCGACCACCUGUCCCGACCAUGUGUCCCGACCACGUGUCCCGACCGCUUGUCCCGACCACGUGUCCCGACCACGUGUCCCGACCGCGUGUCCCGACCGCGUGUCCCGACCACGUAUCCCGACCACGUGUCCCGACCACGUGACCCGACCACAUUUUGGCGUUAAAGCAAUGCUACAACCAAAGGAUCAAUAUAAUAGAAUUACUUUAGAGUCAAAAUCCACGUGCGAUUCCCCGCCAAAAUCCGCGUGCGAUUUCCCGCCAAAAUUCGCGUGCGAUUUCCCGCCAAAAUACAAGUGUUCCUGUAUUACACGCAACUUCAUCAAUGUGGAAAUCAGCCACCAUCUCCCGCAGAAGGUGAAACUCUCGAUCGGGGUAAUAGUCAGCGCUCUUCUAGCUGCUUCCGAGGAGCUACCAACUAGCCAAACCAGCUUCUCGGAAGCAGCUAGAAGAGCGCUGACUAUUACCGCCGGCUCGCAGCGUCCCAACGAGAAGGCCGUUUUCCUCGAUCGAGAACCUCACCUUCUGCGGGAAAUGGUGGCUGUCCCUGAACGAAUGUUUAUGGCGUUAUCAUAG